AGCGUUAGCUCUUAUGAUUGUUAAAUAAAAACAGUACUGUUGAAAAAAACAUGAGCGUGAGCUCUUAUGAUUGUUAAAUAAAAACAAGACUGUUGAAAAAAACAUGAGCGUUUCAAAAAAACAAUGUUUUCAACCUCUUAUAAAUGGUGACUUCCAGCCAGCUAGUGGUGCUUUAAGCCGAUUUCGAAGGUUAAAUGACAAAACAACUGGGGAGGGAGGGAGAGAAUGUCACGGGCAAGGGAGGCUCAUUUGCUUGAAAUUGAAGGCUCUGCGCUUAGUCUCCAUUCAGAUAGGAAUGGGAAGCGUAUUGGAAACACUAUGUGGACAGGCCUACGGGGCAAAGCGAUAUCAUCUGCUUGGGAUUCAUGUGCAGAGAGAAUUUUUUAUUCAUUUUUGUGUGUGCAUACCGCUUGCUAUAGUGUGGGCUUACAUUUCCAGUUGCAUUUGGGUAGGACCCUUUAAUGUCCUGUGAAGCAGGGAAAUUUGCCAGAUGGCUGAUUCCCAGCCUGUUUGUUUAUGUCGUUCUUCAACCUCUUCAAAAAUUUCUCCAGUCACAAAGUAUUGUCUUUCCCAUGAUGUUAUGCUCUUCAAUUACUGUGUGUUUCCAUGUUCUCAUCUGCUGGGCUAUGGUAUUUAAAACUGGAUUGGGUAAUAAAGGGGCUACCUUGGCAAGUAGCAUUUCCAACUGGCUCAAUGUAGUACUUCUUUUACUAUAUAUAAAAAAUUCGCCUGAAUGCAAGAGGACAUGGACAUCCCUUACAAGGGAGGCUUUGCAUGAUAUUAAAGAAUAUCUCAAGCUUGCCAUUCCAUCUUCACUAAUGAUCUAGUAUACUAAUUUAAUAUCUUAGCUAGAAUAUUUGGUCAAGUUGUCUAUGUAAUAUGUCAGAGCAUUUUGUCUUUUCACACUAUGGAAUGUUCAAAUUUCAUAGCAUGUGAAGAACAGUUUGACAAAUAGGCCAGAUCAAGUUUUGUUCAUCAUGCCAUAAUGCAAGUUGUUAAUAAGGCAUGGCAGAUUAAUACCAUAAUGGUUUUCUAAACUUAUUUUAUCAGUUCAUUAUUCUAUGGCUGUGGACAACUUGCAGUAUUGGUCCUUUGAAAUGCUUGUUCUCUUGUCAGGCCUGUUGCCAAAUCCAAAACUUGAGACAUCAGUUCUUUCAAUCUGGUAUGUAUGUGUAAUGUGAAAAUUUUAAUUGAAUGUAUUUUAACAAGGACGUUUUAUUGGGGCUAAUCUUUAUAUUUUGCAGCCUUAACACUUCUGCUCUAGCAUAUAUGAUUCCCCUUGGUUUUGGUGUUGAUGUAAGGUUGGUACAUUUUGCAGCUAACUAAUAAAUUUUUGUGUGUUAUGUGCUUUCAUGCUUUAUCUUUCACUGUAUUGUUUAUAUUGUGCUCCGGUAAAUGGUUUAUAAUAUGCAUUAAUUGUUUAUACUUGUGGAAAACUGAUUCACCCCCUCCCUCUCAGUU